AUGCAACCACUAUCUUGGUCAAAUACAGUUCAAUUAACAUUAAGUAUUCAACAUUCCAGCGAAUUAAGGCUUUUAUUUGAACACAAUGCUCUACCUGCAAUUGAAUAUUUGAAUAUUACUAUUGAGAAUCUGGAUACUAAUUUACCUUCCAAUGUAAAUAUAUCAGUGCCAAAUGUUCAAAUUACGAAAGAUUCUCUACGAGAAACGGCUACUGGUGGUACUCAUCUGAAACACUUACUCUUACGCUAUAUAACUCUGAAUGAUGUUAUCAUAUUGAUUGGUUCGAUAGCCAUGCCUUUACUUGAAGAAUUGAUACUUAUUGAUAUGUAUGAUGAUACUUUAGACCGUCUUGGUCAAUUUCAAGAACUUUGUAGUUCUACAUAUUUACCUGCUUUGAAAACUCUUCAUUUCUCAUUAUGUUUUCCUCAAGAAAUCGAACAUGCAUGGAGAAUGAGUUCAUUCAAUUGCAAUGAUCAAUGGCCUUUUGAUAAUAUUAAUUGUUAUAUGGAUGAGUAUUAUAUGGAUGAUCCAGAUGAAAUAGAUUUUAUUCUAAAGAUCCUAUUUGUUAUCUACAAUUGUCCAAUUAAUCUACUCUAUCGCCACAAACGAACUUUCCACAAUUAUGGUUUCGCAACACAUGUAUCUGCUCCAAUUUGUACAAUUCGACGACGAUUAAUUCAAUGGGUGUGCGAUCAAAAAUAUGAGACUGAGCAAUUUAACAAAACUCUACAAAUAAUUGCAAGUGGUCAUGUUAAUGAACUUCAUUUAACAUAUUUAAAUGAACGAACAAAUACAUCAAUGAUGUCAAAGUGUGAUUCACAUUGGAACUUAUCGCUCAAUCAUAUACGAUCUAUUACAUUCAACAUCCAAUCAAAUUCAAUUAAGAAAUGCGAACGCAUCGCCAUGGUCAAGCGAAUCCUUGAUGUAUCACCAAAUAUUUCGUCUCUUGUAAUAGCUUGGAGAGAUUUUCGUCACUGUUCACGAAAAUACUUAAAUCUAAAACAUGUGCAUCUCUUAUUAAAUGGAUUUCAUGAGAAUCCUAAACAUUAUUUUGACAUUCAUCGAUUAAAUGAAAUAGUACCUCAUCUAUAUUUACUUGAAACAAGUGAUGCAGUUAUGAAGCAAAAUGAAAAUCUUGUUGAAUUUAUUUUGAACAUUAGUCAUCAAUUUGAUCAAUUGGUACACUUAAUAUUAAACAAAAAUUCUCGUUAUCGAUCUAAAAACGAACAGAAGAUCAUGUUCAGAGACAAAUUAAUUGCAGCUACUCAUGAUCAAAUAUUUCAUGGUAAUAAUAUUCAUUUUCAAUUUCAUAUAAAUGAUGAACUACGUAUUUGGUUCUAA